AUGGACUUAUCUGUCUUGCCAAAUAACAAUCAUCCUGAUAAAUUUCUGCAGUUAGAUGUAAAGGCAUUGAGUACAAGACCUGGUUUUGGUCCAGUUGGUUUCAUGGGUCUCUCUGGAGCAGUUCUGCACAGUCAGCAGUGGCACAACCAAGUCUAUUCACAGAGUAAGCACCAAAAGUUAGCAGGAACGGUCGGCUUGCAGUGGAAGGAUGACUCCCCGGUUCUCAUCGAUGAAGUACUGAACCAACAUAUCACUCCUCUAACCUUGAAGUCAACCAUUAAGAAGAAUCCUCUGUACAAAGACUGUAGGCUAGUUGAAGGCUGGGGACAGAGCAAGGCUCAACCUUCUUGGACAAUUCAGGACUAUGACAGACAAUCAAUGCAAACAAACUUAGCAAUGCAUCUAAACAAGGAUCCCAAUGACCUGAAGUUUUGGCUGGAUGACAUUUAUACACCAGGAUACGAUUCUUUACUGAAAAAGAAGGAGGCUGAACUGGAAAGAGCCAAAUGCUGUAAAUUAGUAAUUGUGAUAGUUCUGGCGGCUUGCAUUUUAAUCACUGUAAUUACUGUACUAUUAGUUGUUGUCAUCUACUAA